GAUUCAUUUCUAUCUUUCCGUUACACUAGCGGAGUGGCUAUUGGGCUAAUUGUAACGGUGCGAGCUAAACAAAGCUGUCAUGGAUUAGCUUCCAUGCGCAUUUGUGUGAAACAGAUAUAACUGCACCGUAAAGACAACAGAAAUCAUAUAUAUCUGGCGAGCCCUGUGCCAUUGGCUAAAAUACAUGCAAACAGAACUAGCUAGAGUAUAAGUGCGAGCUAACAUUUUGUCACUUAAACAUUUAUGGCUACAAGCAAACUUGUGAAUGCUAUAAUUUAUGUAGCUAGUAAUAGUUGUUAAUUAUGAUAGCUGCGUUCGUGAUACAUUAUUAUGAACUGAAGGCUUUUCUCUUGAUUCUUUACUUGGUGACGUGCUACCAUUGAUGUGCCUAUUUCGGUGUUUUACCCUGCUGGUACAUGACUGUGCACACUCUUUUGUUGUGCACUUCGAGAUUUUUUUUCAGCGUUUUAAAUGUAUUACAAAGCGAUCGAUCUGGUGACAAAAGCCACGGAAGAGGACAAGGCGAAGAACUAUGAAGAGGCCUUGCGUCUAUACCAGCACGCCGUGGAAUAUUUCCUGCACGCCAUCAAGUACGAAGCACACAGCGACAAGGCCAAGGAGAGCAUUCGGGGGAAGUGUGUGCAAUACUUGGACAGAGCCGAGAAGCUGAAGGACUACCUGAAGAACAAGGAAAAACAGGGGAAGAAGCCAGUGAAGGAGGCACAGAACAAUGACAAGAGUGACAGUGACAGUGAGGGUGAAAACCCAGAGAGAAAGAAGCUCCAGGAGCAGCUGAUGGGUGCCAUCGUGAUGGAGAAGCCCAAUGUCAGGUGGAACGACGUAGCUGGACUGGAAGGCGCCAAAGAGGCCCUGAAAGAGGCAGUCAUCCUGCCUAUCAAAUUCCCUCACCUUUUCACAGGUAAACGCACCCCUUGGCGAGGGAUCUUGCUCUUUGGCCCUCCUGGAACAGGAAAGUCCUACCUUGCCAAGGCAGUCGCCACGGAGGCCAACAACUCAACCUUUUUCUCAGUCUCAUCCUCAGACCUGAUGUCCAAGUGGCUGGGAGAGAGUGAAAAACUAGUGAAGAACCUGUUUGAACUGGCCCGGCAGCACAAGCCCUCUAUAAUCUUCAUCGAUGAGGUGGACUCUCUGUGUGGCUCGAGGAACGAAAAUGAGAGCGAGGCGGCGCGCCGAAUCAAGACUGAGUUCCUGGUGCAGAUGCAGGGUGUGGGCAACAACAACGACGGAAUCCUAGUUCUUGGAGCGACCAACAUACCCUGGGUCUUGGAUGCUGCCAUUCGCAGAAGGUUCGAGAAGCGCAUUUACAUCCCCCUCCCGGAGGAGCCGGCCCGGGCCCAAAUGUUCCGGCUCCACCUGGGCAACACCCCCCACAGCCUGGGGGAGGCCGACCUGCGGGAGCUGGCCCGAAAGACGGACGGGUACUCCGGCGCCGACAUCAGCGUCAUCGUACGAGACGCCCUGAUGCAGCCCGUCAGGAAGGUGCAGUCUGCCACGCAUUUCAAAAAGGUUAGAGGUCCAUCUCGGAGCAACAGUUCAGUGAUGGUGGAUGACCUCUUGACCCCCUGUUCCCCCGGCGAUCCUGAUGCCAUAGAGAUGACCUGGAUGGAGGUGCCCAGUGACAAGCUGCUGGAGCCCAUUGUGUGCAUGUCGGACAUGCUGCGGUCUUUGGCGACCACGCGGCCCACAGUCAACACCGAGGACCUGCUGAAGGUGAAGAAGUUCACUGAGGACUUUGGACAGGAGGGAUAAAGAGGGCGGAACCAAAAGCAUCCCACCCACAACCUCAGCCCUCUAACCACUCCCCCCUUGUCUCUCUAAUCUGGACUGUCUAUACACUACCGUGUGCCAGCAGGAAGGAGCGUGUUACUUUGUAUGGUCUUUGUUUAUGGACUGUGCUCUCCAUGUCUCUCAGACAUACACAGUCUCCCCUCUGCUGCUUGUUUCUGUGCUUCGUUUAUUUCUGAAGGAUAGAUGAGUGUAAGGAGCACCUUGAAGUGUGUGUGCGUGCGUGUGCGCGUGCGUGUAUAUUUGUAGGUGUAUGUGUAUUUACAUACAUAUAGGUGUGUGUGUGCAUACAUGCGUGUGGUUAUGUGUGUGCAUGUGUGCCUGCUGUAGUUACAGAAAAAAACCUGGCUACAGUGUUUUGAAUGUUUUGUGGAUUGUUGAGUGAUGGUCACUCAGCAAGACUGUCAGGUACUCCCAACCCAAUACAGUCAUGACAACUUAUGUUUUCCAGCAGUAUUACUUACCCACUGUAUGUAUUUAUUUUUAUUUUAAUUUUAUUUAAUUUUAUUUAAUGUUUCCGAAAAGGAUUCUGAAGUAUGAACACUAACACUGGCCUGUCUCCCUCUGAAGAAAUGAGAGUUGCUUGCAGGUGCUCAACAUGUGGAGAGGAAGGUUUUUGUAGGGUUAGUCGGUGACCAUGAAGACAAUAGGGUGUAUAUACUGUACACAUUCUGUCUGUACAACAUAAGGCAUUGUGUGGAACGCUUUCGAGUAAUAGACACAAUUUACACCAUUGUUUUGAGGGGUAAAAAGAAUGGCUUUGUUCUCCUGUCUUAUUGUUAUCUCUGUACAUUGAGUAGAACAGUGUUAAAUGCUGUCCUUUGGUCUGGUCUCCAUGGAGAUGGUACCAAAUAUGCCUGUCACUUUGAUGACCAGGUUUGUCUUAUUGCAUUAAAGCCCUUGAAUUGUGAAACAA